UGCGCCGCAGCCCCCGCGGGAGCCGAGCGCUGGCCCCAGCUGGCGGGCGCAUGUGGGGGCGCGCAGCGCGGAGGCGCUGCCCGCUGGGGCUGCGGCGCGGCCGGAAGGUGCUGCUGGCGCUGCUCUCGCUGCUGGCGCUGGGCGGACUGGGCUCCGUGCUGCGGGCGCGACGGGGGGUCAGGGCGGCCGAGCCGGCACCCCCGCGCACCCCACGCCCGGGGCGGCGCGACCCGGUCCUACCGCGGCCGCCGGUGCCCAGCGACGCUCUGGGCGCGCGGGGCGAGGCGGUGCGGCUGCAGCUGCAGGGCGAGGAGCUGCGGCUGCAAGAGGAGAGCGUGCGGCUGCACCAGAUCAACACCUACCUUAGCGACCGCAUCUCGCUGCACCGCCGCCUGCCCGAACGCUGGAAUCCGCUGUGCAAAGAGAAGAAGUAUGAUUAUGACAGCUUGCCCACAACAUCUGUUGUCAUAGCAUUUUAUAAUGAGGCCUGGUCAACUCUCCUCCGGACAGUGUACAGUGUCCUCGAGACGUCCCCGGACAUGCUGCUGGAGGAAGUCAUCCUUGUAGAUGACUACAGUGACAGAGAGCACCUGAAGGAGCGCCUGGCCAACGAGCUGUCUGGGCUGCCCAAGGUGCGUCUGAUCCGCGCCAACAAGAGGGAGGGCCUGGUGCGAGCGCGGCUUCUGGGCGCUUCCGCGGCAAAGGGCGAGGUGCUGACCUUCCUGGACUGCCACUGUGAGUGCCACGAAGGGUGGCUUGAGCCGCUGCUGGAGAGGAUCCACGAAGAGGAGUCCGCAGUGGUGUGCCCUGUGAUCGAUGUGAUUGACUGGAACACCUUUGAGUACCUGGGCAACGCCGGGGAGCCUCAGAUCGGCGGCUUCGACUGGAGGCUGGUGUUCAUGUGGCACAUGGUUCCCGAGAGGGAGAGGAUGCGGAUGCGGUCGCCCAUUGAUGUCAUCAGGUCUCCAACAAUGGCUGGAGGGCUGUUUGCUGUGAGUAAGAAAUAUUUUGAAUAUCUGGGGUCUUAUGAUACAGGAAUGGAAGUUUGGGGCGGAGAAAACCUCGAAUUCUCCUUCAGGAUCUGGCAGUGCGGUGGGACCUUGGAGACACACCCGUGCUCUCACGUUGGCCACGUUUUCCCCAAGCAAGCUCCCUACUCCCGCAGUAAGGCUCUGGCCAACAGUGUCCGAGCGGCUGAAGUGUGGAUGGAUGAAUAUAAAGAACUCUACUACCAUCGCAGCCCCCAUGCCCGCUUGGAGCCCUUUGGCGAUGUGACAGAGAGGAAGCAGCUCCGUGCAAAGCUCCAGUGUAAGGACUUCAGGUGGUUCUUGGAGAACGUGUACCCAGAACUUCACGUGCCUGAAGACAGGCCUGGCUUCUUUGGGAUGCUCCAGAACAAAGGACUGAAGGAUUACUGCUUUGACUAUAACCCUCCCAAUGAAAACCAAAUCGUGGGACACCAGGUCCUUCUCUACCACUGCCAUGGAUUGGGUCAGAACCAGUUUUUCGAGUACACGUCCCAGAAUGAAAUACGCUAUAACACUCACCAGCCAGAGGCCUGCAUCGCUGUGGACGCAGGAAUGGACAUUCUCAUCAUGCAACUCUGCCAGGAAACUGCCCCCGAGAAUCAGAAGUUCAUCUUGCGGGAGGAUGGCUCCCUAUUUCACGUACAGUCCAACAAAUGCGUCCAGGCUGAGAAGAAGGCAUUCAGUGACAGCUUCGUACCAUUCCUACGGCUCUGUACCAACUCGGAACACCAGAAGUGGUUCUUCAAGGAACACAUGUAAUAAAGCGUCACUGUACCAAGGAGCUUCACAGAGUGGCAGAGCCCGUGGACUCUGUGCCCAACAGAGACUUAGCUGAGUAUGGUGACAGACCCACCCCGGCCCCGGCUGCCUUGCUUUUCUAAGGAAGUCAUUUUGCAAUCUGUGAAAGUGACUCUGGAUUUAAUCAGCUUUGUACUGAUUUGGAAACCUUCAAAUUGCUCCCAAAUGCCCUGUUUUCAAAGGGUGAUCAUAAAAUGUUAACUCGUGGCAUUCAGAGAAUUAAAACCUUUAAAUAUUUUUCUAUCAA